ACCUGAGGAAGAGGUGGUUUGGGUGGGAAGGAACAAGUUGUCCAGGAAGAUGUGAAGGGAAUGGUCUCUGUGGAAAGCAGAUAGGGGUGGAGAAGAGAAGAUGGGGUUAGUGGUGAGAUUCCGUUGGAGGUGACGAAAAUGGCGGACGAUUAUAUGUUGUGUGCGAUGGCUGAUGGGGUGGAAGGUGAGGACAAAGGGGACUCUCCCUGUUACGACUUGGGGGAGGGGAAGCAAAAGUGGAGCUGCGGGAUAUCGAGAAGACCCUAGUGAGGGCCUCGUGUAUGAUGGAAGAGGGGAAUCCCCAUUCCCUAAAGAAUUAGGACAUUGAGGUAUGGAACACUUCAUCUUGGGCGCCAAUGCGACGUAGACGGAGGAAUUGGGAGUAGAGGAUAGACUCUUUACAAGAAGAAGGGUAGGAAGAAAUGUAGUCUAGAUAGCUGUGGGAGUCAGUGUGUUUAUAAUAGAUGUCAGUUGAUAGUCUGUCUCCUGUGAUGGUAGGAAGAUUUCAGCGAUGGUCCAAGUGAAUUUGAGUGCAGGAUUGAAAUUAGAAGUAAAGUUAAUGAAGUCAAUGAGUUCUGCAUGAGUGCAGGAGGUAGUCAGUGUUAAUAACGGGUUUUAAUAUACCAUUGUCGUGUAAUGGAAACAGAAUAACAGUUUGAAAAGGUUUGAACAAUUGAGUUCUCCAAUUUUAGUUAGCUACAAAACUAGACAUUUUGGAAAUAUAGGGUGCAUCGUCCAAUUCCCCAAUUCUUUUUCCUAAUUAAAAUCUUGUACGACAAAACAAAACAAAAAUGUGCUGUAACAUAAAAGUUCUGAAACUUUUGAGAAGAAAUUCAAACAAAAUGUUGUACAAUGGUCUGCAUUUCUUGGUGAGAUGUGCUCCUUUUAGUAACUUCACUCUUUACUGCAGCUACACUAAAGAGAUGCUUUCGAUUCACAUUCACGUUGAGAUCUGAAACGUGAGUGGUAAAAUCAAAUAGUGUAGGAAGGAACCGCAGAUGUUGGUUUACACCCAAGAUAGACAUAAAAUACUGGAGUAACUGCGUGGGAUAGGGAGCACCUCUGGAGAGAAGGAAUGGGUCGAGACCCUUCUACAUUAUUCACAUCAUCUAUAUGUGCACUGUGAAUGGCUCGAUUGUAAUGUAUGGUCUUUCCGCUGACUGGUUAGCACGCAACAGAAGCUUUUCACUGUACCUCGGUACACGUGACAAUAUACUAAAACUCAAGUUCAAGUUAGUUUAUUGUCAUGUGUCCCUGAUCGGACAAUGAAAUUCUUGCUUUGCUUCAGCACAACAGAACAUAGUAGGCAUUGACUACAAAACAGAUCAGUGUGUCCAUAUACCAUUAUAAACUUAACCGAUGUAAACGGAGAGCAGUUAAACUGCACGACUGAAAUAAUUUGCAUUCUGUGCCAGCAACAGGUGUGCAUUUUUGGCAGAACGGCAGCAAAGUGAAAUGGGGGAGCAAGCGGGCAGCCCCCGGGGUUGGGGACGGACAUUGCAAGGGGAAAGUGUUGAUUGCAUUGGCAUGGGGGGCAGUUGCAACCAGGGCAACAACACACAAAGCGGGCAGGGGGUGGUGAUCGCAGCCGCGGCCCCAGCAACGCUGCGCCCAUGCGCUUGCACGCCCGCCAAUCAACCCUGCCCAUUGCACAGCCCAGGAGGGGUGAAUGCACGGGUAAUAUCGCGUAAACAUCGCGCUGGAAAGGGGUAGCAAAACCCGGAGCCGGUGUAGGUUUGCUGAUGGUGAUUGUAAAUACAGAUGGGGUGGUUGGGAGCAAUGGAGCGCCGGGGGUGCAGCGUGGAAGGGGAGGUGUGUGUCCGGGAUCACCCCUGCGUGGAGAGCGAUCCGGGCUCGGCUCACGGUCACCGCUUGCAGACGCGACGCCGCAGCAGCAGCAGCAGCAGCACACGCUCUGUUGUAGCGCUCAAAGUCACCCUCACCCUCUCACCUGCUGCUUGCUCCCUCCCUCCCUCCCGCAGCUCAUUCACGAGGAGCCCCCGUCUUGUCAGAGGAGUCCGCACCAUUGCACGCCCCCCCCGCGGACCAAACCAAAGAGCGGAGAACAUGAACAUGUCAGUGAUUUCUCUGCAGGAAUACGAGUUUGAGAAACGUUUCGAUGAAAGGGGAGCCAUAGCAUGGAUGCAGGAAAACUGGAGCAAGUCGUUCCUGUUUUCUGCAGUGUACGCUGCUUUGAUCUUUGCUGGGCAGUAUUACAUGAGAGAGAGAAGUAAGUUUGAGCUGCGAAAACCAUUAGUCUUGUGGUCUCUGAGCCUCGCUUUGUUCAGUAUACUUGGUGCUUUCAGAACAGGAUGGUACAUGUGGCACGUCCUUUACACCAGUGGCUUCAAGCAAUCUGUGUGCGACCAAAGCUUCUACAAUGGACCUGUCAGCAAAUUCUGGGCAUAUGCAUUUGUCCUGAGCAAAGCACCAGAACUAGGUGACACAAUAUUCAUCGUGCUACGGAAGCAGAAGCUGAUAUUCCUGCACUGGUAUCACCACAUCACAGUGUUGCUCUACUCCUGGUACUCCUACAAAGACAUGGUGGCAGGAGGUGGCUGGUUCAUGACUAUGAACUACGGUGUCCACGCCUUCAUGUACUCGUACUUCACGCUCCGCGCGGCUGGCUUCCAUGUGCCACGCCGAUUUGCCAUGCUUAUCACCCUCACCCAGAUCAUGCAGAUGGUCAUGGGGAUGCUGGUCAACGUGUUGAUUUAUAUGUGGAUGGAAGAGGGCCUGUGCCCUUCUUUCUUUGAAAAUAUCAUCUUGUCCUCCAUUAUGUAUUUUAGCUACUUCCUCCUCUUUUGCUGCUUCUUCUACGAAACUUACUUGAGUAGAAAGAAGCGUUUAAAGGCCGAAUAAGCUCAAGACCGGGAAUGGAAUGAAUGGAAUAGUGUCAGGCAUGGAUGCUGUUAAGAUUUUCGUCCAAACGGUUUAAGGUGACUUGACACCAGCUGUGGAUUGACGUAGAUUUUGAUAGGAUCACACUCUUCCAUGUUCAUGUUCCACACUGCUCUCUCCAUUAGAUGGUGUUGGCUGGCACCACAUGCUCCUGGAUACCACUGAUGGUAUCCCACAAUGUUUGAGACCAGAACCCUGUCCUUUCCUUGUUUUCGAAUAAGCCAUGUGAUGUUGAACCAGAGCAGAGAGCAGUAAAGUGGAGGUGAAUGGGACCAUGCCCGUAGUGCAUGCCAAAGAGCUCAGCCAUGGUUGUGGAGUGUUGGGUUGGAGGUUCUGUAAGAAGUCCUGGUUGUUUGAUCUGUCUGAGCUUCCCCCUGUGUAUUACUGCAGUAAGAUCACAAGGACAAAGGACAGAGGCUAUUGGAAGUAUAUCAUAUGUAAUACUAAUUCAACACAAAGUUACUUUUGACCUUUACUGGGCUCGUACAAAACUUGCUGAACAGUGCGUGGAGGGUCACAACACCUCACAUUCUCCCUAGACGUAGAGACACCAUUAGUGUUUGGAUUUAACACUAGUGUUGGUCCUAUUGACUGCACAUAUCUUCAGGAGGUAACAAAGUUAGCACUUGGUAAGUUGAUCAUUUUACCAGAAUCUAGAAGACCUAGCCAUGGAGGUAUUUAUUCUAUUUAUACAAUCAAAAGGUACAAGGUGGUUCUUCCUUUGUCAUGUACACUGUUGCCUCUAAUGAGUAGGUUUUUAACAUAAUAUUUCAAGGAACCAAAUCCCAUUAUAUACAGCUGCACCUUGAUUAUUAAAUAGUAAGCUUUUUAAAUUAACAGAUGGCAGUGGGAUAGAAAGUAGUUAAAUAUAUGUUUUUAUUUUAAUAGCUAGACUUUAUUGAAUUUUAAUGAAAUUGCUGCGAGCAGUGAUUGUUAGCAGUAUUAGUACAGAAAUGCUUAGCACAUUCCUUCGUCCAGAUUUUAUCUGGAGAAAGUUAACCAAAUUGAAGUAAAUGAACAAAGUUCCAUCAAAACUGUAGGAUGGACAAUUAUUUGGAAGCACGGAGUCAGCAGAUAUAUCAUAUAUCACCAACAAUAAUUUGUAAACCUCAGUAUUGCACAGUCGACAUGUAUAUUCAAAACAUUAGAUUGUCAUCUUCUAGAGUAAACAAAAUCCUUUGGUUAAGCCAACGCCAUUCUGAAUAUAUUUUAAUGUUAAUCACAGCACACUGUUCUCUCAUUAUGAGGGUCAAUUAUUUUAUAGUUAUUGAACUUGGUGUCUCAGUUUAGUUUUGGUUAUACAUUUUUGUGCUUCUUCGAUAAGUUUGUUAAAUGUGUCCUUUGGUCUAAAUCAUUACCUGUGCAUUGACGAACUCCUGGUCUGUUGAAGGCUUAAUACAUCGUUUAGAUUGGAGAUUCAUCAGAAAAGACAACAAAGCAUUGUUAUUCCUACUGGGAUAUUCCUUGGCUCACGAAGGAUGAGAUGCAUGGAUCUUACCAUGUACCUAACACCCUCCUCAGUACCGGGGUGCUGAAGGGGAGCUCGGCUUUGCUGGGUGGUGUAGACGCUAGCUCUGUCAAGCGAGAACCAGUGACCGAGAGAAAAAAACAGUGGUAGAGCAACUUAGUGUUUCAGACAGCAUUUGAGGAAGAGAAAUGCACAGACAACAUUUCGGGUUGCAUCGGUCUAAAGAAGGGUUCCAACCGGAAACGUCAUCUGUCCAUAUCCCUCACCGAUGAUUCCUGACCCGUUGAGUUCCUCCAGCACUUUGUUUUUGGCUCAAGAUUCCAGCUUCUGCGGUCUCUCGUGUCUCGAUUGCCACAGAUGGCUGUGGUGGCCAGGUCAGUGGAUACUUUUAAGGCAGAGAUUGAUAGAUUCUUGGUUAGUACGGGACUCGGGUGUCACGCGGAGAAGGCAGGAGAAUGGGGUUUGGAGGGAGAGAUAUAUCAGCCAUGAUUGAAUGGCAUGAGUAGACUUGAUGGGCCGAAGUCGGGCAUUGUUGUCCAUUGCACAAGUUGUAGUCUGAAUUCAGCUUCACGCUCUCAAGAAUUCCACCAGACCAACUUCAAGCAGAGAUGUAACUACAGCAUUUUAACAAAAGGAGUUUUUUAUUAAAAAAUCAACAAGAGUGGGGGGUG